AUGUUGCAGAGAGUUGGGGAAAUGGAUGGAGGUAACCAGACUGAAGGUUCGGAGUUCCUUCUCCUGGGGAUGUCAGAGAGUCCUGAGCAGCAGCAGAUCCUGUUUUGGAUGUUCCUGUCCAUGUACCUGGUCACGGUGGUGGGAAAUGUGCUCAUCAUCCUGGCCAUCAGCUCUGAUUCCCGCCUGCACACCCCCAUGUAUUCCUGGCCAGGCCUCCUCCUUCAUGACCUCAUCUUGUCACCCAACACCAAUCCCCAAGAUGCGGUGAACCUCCAGUCCCAGACAAAGCCAUCUCCUAUGCAGCGGUGUCUGACGCAGCUCUACUUCCUGGUCGCCUUGGUGACCCUGGACACCUCAUCCUGGCCGUAUGACCGCUAUGUGGCCAUCUGCCACCCCCUCCACUAUGUUACAGCCAUGAGUCCUGGACUCUGUAUCUUGCUCCUCUCCUUGUGUUGGGUGUUCUCUGUCCUCUAUGGCCUCAUCCAUACCCUCCUCAUGACCAGGGUGACCUUCUGUGGGUCCCGAAAGAUCCACUACCUCUUCUGUGAGAUGUACGUCCUGCUGAGGCUGGCAUGUUCCAACAUCCACGUCAACCACACAGUAUUGGUUGCCACGGGCUGCUUCAUCUUCCUCAUCCCCUUAGGUUUCAUGAUCACGUCCUAUGCCCGCAUUGUCAGAGCCAUCCUCCGAAUACCCUCAGCCACUGGGAAGUACAAAGCCUUCUCCACCUGUGCCUCCCAUUUGGCUAUGGUCUCCCUUUUCUAUGGGACUCUGGGUAUGGUAUACCUGCAGCCCCUCCAAACCUACUCCAUGAAGGACUCAGUAGCCACAGUGAUGUAUGCGGUGGUGACACCCAUGAUGAACCCCUUCAUCUACAGCCUGAGGAACAAGGACAUGCAUGGGGCUCUGGGAAGACUUCUCCAAGGAAAAGCCUUCUGGAAAUUGACAUGAGGGGUAAUUUUGGGCAUUGAAGUGGAGACGGAAAACUUCCUCCACCGUGAGCAAGGCCUGUCAGGGAGAUAGGAGUGAUUAGAACAUAGGUCCAGCUCAGAAUGAGUUUAUGGCUUUGUGGUGAAGCAAAGACACCUCUGUCGAACCCAACUGCAGCUGCACCAGACCCAUCUGUUUCAACUUCUAUUAACAAGGUUGUGAGUUGUUUUUCAGUGGCCAUGGGUCCUUAGGUCAUGUGACCUGAG